AUGGAUUCGGACGUUCAAAAUGGGGAUUUAGAUAAAAAAGCGAUGAUGACACAACGCUACGCAGACACCGCCGCAAUCUUCGAGGAAUUCUUUAAAUCGACUGCUCAUGGAGAUUUAACAGCGAUAUAUCGAAACCGGCCUUGCUAUUCAAGUAUUCUAUCAGUCGAAAAGCUUACUAGAUGCGCAAUUGAUGCGUUUGUGUACUUUCCAUCGGCUCGACCAGCCAUUUAUCAUUAUACGGGCAUGAUGAUUCAUGAAUGCGUACAUCACUGGUUCAAUAAGAAGGAGAAUGUUGCGCAGAGUAAGGGAACGCCAUUAAAAACUCUGAAUUUCAGAAUUUUGACCAGAAAAUUGAACAUUUCAGCCAUUGACACCACCAGUGCUCAGGAAGCCACGUCACAGUUGCUGAAUUACUAUAUACGAUUCUUCACAGAAGCCAAUGGAAAAGGGGGUUUGGAGGAGAUUUUGCAAGUGAGAAAUUCGAUUCUUACAGUGCUGAAAAUUUAUGGGCCUGGGAAACUGUGCGCCGAGCUCAGCUCCAAAAAUGCGGGACGUCCUGCGACGGCACAAGUCCAACAGAACGGUGAAGUACUGGCGAUACUCAAAUCCAACGAGCUCAUCGACAAACUUCUCUCCCUUAUGAAUAUGGUGGUGACAACUGCUCUAAACGAGAAUCCUGACGGAUGUAUGAGGGCGUUAUUCGAAUCGAGUCGGCAUGGACAACAUUUCAGUUGGAUUUGGCUUCAUAUUGCAACCUUCCUCCAAGGCACCAUAAUGACACAUCUUCUGGAAUCGGGCGCUGAGCAAUUCAAAACCUACGCUACUGAAAUCAAUAAUCGAAAAGCUGUGCAAUCCUCUGGUCCGGCAGUUCUGAAUAUCAUUCAGACGGAAUAUGAGCACAAAUUUCGAGCGAUUUCCGAGGUUUUUAACUUUCUGAUGGCUCGAAGGAAUCCAGAGCUUCAAGAAGCCGUGUCACAGUUGAUAGUAGAUAGUUUGGACUCGAAAGUCGAGAAAUCCGGCGAGAAAAUCGAGAAAUCCUCGACGAACCGGCUGGGAUUCGCAUUUUUCUUCAAAUUAGUCACUUGUUCGCUGAAGACGCUACAGAUUCUGGUCAACAGUAAUUGCCAUCUGAGUAAGGGAAUUUUUGGCUGA